CAGUGUUUAUGCGGUUGAGGCUAAUAGCAGUAUUGAUUGUUUAUUAUAUUAACACGUAUACACAUUUACUUACUUAUUCACUCACCCACUCACUCACUCAUCGGGAAUGAGCAGCAUUUAUGUCAGCGAGCCUCCCACCAGCGGCAAGGUGGUACUAGAAACGAGCGCGGGAGACAUUGAGAUCGAGCUCUGGUCAAAGGAGGCCCCCAAGGCGUGCCGCAAUUUUAUUCAGCUCUGCGUGGACGGCUACUACGAUACAACUAUAUUUCACCGUUUGGUUUCCGGGUGGAUUGUGCAGGGCGGCGAUCCGACAGGCACUGGCGAGGGCGGUGAAUCGAUCUAUGGUGCCCCGUUUGCCGAUGAGUUCCAUUCCCGCCUGCGCUUCAGCCGGCGAGGACUGCUGGGCAUGGCAAAUGCGGGACCAAACGACAAUGGAAGCCAGUUUUUUAUUACGCUUGCGCCCACACCAGAGCUGCAAAAGAAGAACACCAUAUUUGGAACGGUUGUAGGCGACAGUCUGUUCAACGCGCUCAAGCUCGGCAGUGGCGAAGUUGACAGUGUGACAGAGAGGCCGGUUCAUCCGAAGACGCUAAAGCAUGCCCGGGUGCUCGACAACCCGUUUCCAGACAUUGUCCCGCGAGCAACAGCAAAGCGUGUGGCUACGCCGGAUCCGGAUCAAACGGACGCAGCGGUGGCAAAGGCUUUGAAGAAGAAAAGGGGUGGGAACAUCAAAGCAGUCAAGAACAAAAAGCUUCUUUCUUUUGCUGACGACGACGACGACGACGAUACUAUGGCGCACGACAGCAAGGCCGGCCCGGUGGCAGUUGCAACCAGGACGGAAAUGAAAAGCAGUCACGAUUUGCUAAAAUCCGACCCGAUGCUUAGCAAGGAAACCAGCUCGGCGGCGUCGCCAGUCCCAUUAAAAGCAAUAAGGGGGCUUAACAGCAUCCCCGAGCUGGCGCCAAAAGAGGCAGAGAGUGUUGUGUUAGCAGACUCUGGCAGGACGCGCGCAGACAUUCCGAGUGUGAGGGAGAAGAUUCAGAGCGUGGAGAAUGAAAUCAAAAAGCUGACAGAACGGGACAACAAGCGCAAAUCGACUUUAAAUGCAGACAGUGGAGAGUCAAAGAAGCCCAAAAGCGCCCUGUCAGAAAUGCUUUCUCGGUACAAGACGGCCGGCCCAGGCGUGCGCACAGCGGCGCGCAAGAAGGACACUGGGCGCGAGGACGAACUGUUUGUGCGCCUGGGCAGCUUCCAGUCCAAGAUCCGCAAUACUAAGGGUCUUGAGAAGCCGGCGGCGGGAGGCAACUGCGACACAGAGGCCGGCGACAACGGCCGCAAAUGCGAGCUCCAUGGCGUAGCCGGCUGCAAGUCGUGCCAACGUGCCAAGCCCGACGAGUACAGCAGCCUGGGCAAGGUAGCCUCGCGCUUUGACGGCGGAGACUGGCUCUCGCACACGCUUAAGUUCAGCAACAGCAAGGAAAAGGGUUCCGCAUCCGAGUACGCGCCGCGUGUCGAGGACUACGUUGUCAUUGAUCCGCGCGAGCAAGAGCAAAAGUUCCUGAAGCGCAACCAGAAAUAGCUGUGCAUAUGGCCACCACCUCACCUUUUCUCAUUGGGAGUUUUGGAGCGCAAAACUCGCUUCAUAUUUGUUUGGUCAAGUGCUCGUAUAGUUUGGUUGGGAUUAAUUAAUAAACCAAAAGAAAA